AUGGGCAAUCUUGAUGACGAAGCCAUCGUAGCACUGCGAGUUGUGGAGGAGAAUCAAGUAGUAGAUCAGGAGCCUAAAUCGAAGAAGACAAAGAUAUUGGAGCAAAUAUUGAACCCAAACCCUUGGUCACCAUGGAGCAAGAUAUUUCUAAUAUCGUGUGUGAUUGGGGUGGCAAUCGAUCCGUUCUUUCUUUACAUUCCCAUUUUAGACGAGGAUAAAAAAUGCGUGAAAAUGGACGAAAAGAUGAAGACUUUUGCUCUUUUUGUGCGAACUGCCACCGAUAUGGCCUAUGUUUUGCAUUUCACGGUUAGAAUUGGCAGUGCCUUUGCAAUGGCUAAGGACUCGUCAAUCUUCGAUGUACUUCCCUGGUCUUACCUUCUAAUCGAUAUCUUAGCCAUUCUUCCCAUCCCACAGGUGGUGGUGAUUGGUUUCUUUGGUAAAUUGGCUGGCUUGAGAUCUUUGACAGCAAGAAGGCUCCUAAACUUUGUUAUCCUUUUCGCAUAUGUGCCAAGGAUUCUUCGUAUUUACUUUUCUGCCAUGGAUGUUGGAAGAACUUUUGGCUCGCUCACUAGACGUGUGUACGGUGCCCUUUAUUAUCUAUAUUCUAUUUUUCGGGAGACAAAUUGCUGGAAUGAUGCUUGUAAAAGCGAAGCUGGGUGUGUUUCUAGUGCCAUCUUUGACUGUGACAAAUACAUCACCACUCCCUCGAGAAAUUUGACACUUUUGAAAGAGAAAUGCCCUGUAGAUCCUCCAAAUGCAGAGGUGUAUGAUUUUGGAAUAUUUGCUAACGCCAUUGGGGCACAUAUUUUUGGAGCAGGAGAUUUUCUCAAAAAACUCAUUCACUGCUUUUGGUGGGGCCUGCGUAAUAUGAGCUCUCUUGGCCAAAAUCUGGAGACAAGUGGCUUUACUUGGGAAAACUGCUUCUCAAUUUUUAUUUCUCUCACGGGAUUGCUUAUAGUUUUAUACCUUAUUGGAAAUCUACAGACAUAUAUGCAAUUGCAAACCACACAAGCGGAGGAAACAAGAAAGAAGAUGAAUGACAAAGAACAGGAAAUAAGAUCAUAUCUAUCAAAUUAUAAACUCCCUAAGCAUAAGAUGAAAAUUGUCAUGCAAUUAUUGCAUAGUACAAUUGAAGAAGAAGACGAAGAUCGCUAUUCGAAACUAAAACAUUUGCUUUCUCUUCUUGAAGAGAGUAAAGAGAGCCAUGAUCGUCAGCAGACGACUGAGUCCUUUGCAGAGUGGAUGACUAAUGUAUUGGAUGAGAAGAAACUUGAGCAGAGGACAUUAGAACGAUCAGCAGAGCUAUGGAUUUCGAGAAAUAAAAUCUGUGGUAAUAAUUUAAGAAAGACGAUUAUGGGAUACGUUCGACUGAGAAUGCGACAUGGAAAAGAUGUUGACAUCGGAAAUCUACUUCCUGUUCUUCCUUUGUCUCAUCGAAUGUCUCUGAAGAAACACCUUUGCUGGGAUACGCUAAACAAAGUGCCAAUGCUUGAAAAUUUGGAUACAAAGGUGUACGAAACAAUUUGCAACUACGUAAGGCCAAAGAUAUAUCAAGAGAAUAGUUAUAUUAUUCGAAAGGGAGAACCGAUUGGGUUUAUGCUCUUCUUCACGCAAGGAGUUGUUUGGAGCUUCGAAGAAACCAACCAUCCGGAGCGUCUUGAAAGAGGUGAUUAUUAUGGCGAACAACUUUUGGAAUGGCGAUUGAAAUCAACUUCUUAUUCGGCCUUUCCAAUGUCAAGUAGAAAUGUGAUGUCGCAGACAAAGGUUGAAGCCCUAGCUCUUACGGCCACUGACCUGGAUCAUGUUCUCUCCAAAUGCUGGUCAAAGUUUUCGCACUCAACUCCUUCUGUGUUGGAGGGUUUGACUCCGUUCGCAAUUCGUUCCAUGCGAGAACUCAGGCGCCGACACAAUUUUGAGUUACAAAAUGAAGCUUAG